AUGCAUCCAGGAAACUAUAGCACUUUGAAGGAAUUUGUUUUACGGGGCAUCCCAGUUCUGGAUCAUCUUGUAAUCCUUUUUUUCUCUCUGCUCUUAUUUAUCUUUGCUUUAUCACUGCUUGGUAAUCUUUCUAUUGUGAUUGUGGUUCUGUUCAGUUAUUGCCUUCAUAGCCCUAUGUAUUUUUUCCUCUUUAAUUUGUCUAUCCUAGAGAUUGGAUUCACAUUCUCAAUCAUUCCAGCCAUACUGUAUAAUCUCUUAUCCAGUACGAAAACAAUUUCAUUUUAUGGCUGCCUAAUUCAGUGCUACUUCUAUUUCUUUCUUGGAGUGGCAGAGUUUCUACUCUUGGCUGUUAUGUCUUUUGACCGCUAUGUAGCAAUAUGUAAUCCUCUGCACUAUCACUCUAUUAUAAGUGUUAAAGUCUGUAUCUACCUUGUCCUUUCUUGCUGGUUUACAGGAUAUUUUUUUAUGAUCUGGCCUGUGGCUGCUUUAGCCAAUCUGCCCUUUUGUAGAUCUAAUAUCAUUGAUCACUUUUUUUGUGAUAUUAAACCUCUUCUUGCUCUUGCUUGUUCCAAUACAUACCACAUUGAGCUUUUGGAUUUUUCAAUAGCUAUUAUUGUACUUUUGGGAUCACUGACAAUAGCAACUGUAUCCUAUAUUUAUAUCAUCACUACAGUGCUAAGGAUCCCAUCCAUCAGUGGAAGACAGAAGGCUUUCUCUACCUGUAGUGCCCACAUCAUUGCAGCUUCUAUAUAUUAUGGCAGUGCCAUAUUUAUGUAUCUGAAGCCAUCAAAUUCACCAUCCCUAGAUCUCAAGAAAGUUGUGAGCAUCUUAACAGCAGUAAUAACUCCAACGCUCAAUCCUUUCAUUUACACACUGAGAAACAAAAAAGUGAAAGAAGCCCUCAGAAGUUUAAUAAAAUAA